AUGGGAGGAAGAGGGAGGCCAAGGAAAAAUCAAAAUAAAACGCCAGUAAUCGAUCGUGGAAUCAAGGAAAAUAGCUCAAAGGACCAAGGAAAACAACAUGCAAAGGGGAAAAUGCAGGAAGAGGAACUGGAUCUCGACAGUGAUAGUGAACUGAAUUGGCCAGAUCUGAGCUGCAAUCGUGUUAAAUCAACUAUCCCAGUGAGUCCUGCUAAUCAAGGGGUACUCAAGAUGAACAUAUCGCUAGUCGGCAUUGGAGGAGCAAGCACAAGUAAAGCAAAUUCCAAUGAAACAGUAACAACCAGUGUCUUAAGGGAGCAGAGCAAUGGAACAAUGAUUAUACGAGCUGAGGAAGAAAAGCAGAAUCAGACGAGACCAACCAAUUUUGGAAGGUCAUGGGUUGGAUUAUUGCAUGAGAACAAAUUAGCUGCAAAAGGAAUGGAUCUAACAUAUGUACCACCGGUGAUACAAGAGGGUGAGGUAGUAGUUCAAAUUCAGGAGGAAGAUAUAGUUGAGGAGAAGCAGAAAUGGAAUCGAGCAAUAAUAAUGUACGUAGUUGGAAAUACUCCAACUAUAGGAGCUAUUGAACGAUUUGUUGCUGCUCAAUGGGGAAAAAUCAGAAAGUCUAAAGUAUUAUUCCAUAGUGAUGGAUAUUUUAUAAUUCUGAUGCAUAGUUUUGAAGAAAGAUAUGAGGUAUUGAUGAAUGGGCCUUAUACUAUGAACAAUAGACCUGUAAUACUAAAAGCAUGGGCUGAGGGGUUUGAUUUCAAUGAAGAGGUUUUUAAAACUAUUCCGCUAUGGGUAAAAUUUCCAAAACUCCCAUUGAACUACUGGAGUAACAUGGCUCUUAGCAAAAUUGAAAGUGGUCUAGGGAAGCCUCUGUAUGCUACUUGCACAACUGUGGCUGAUAGGAUUUCCUAUGCUCGGAUUCUUAUAGAAAUGGAUAUAACAAGGACUCUACCAGGGACAAUUAAACUGAUUGAUCCAAAUGGUAAAGUGAUUGAGCAAAUGCAAUUGGCAAAAGGCAAGUCUGCAUCUAAGAAGAAUGGAGAUGGGAGAGGUGAGAAGGAAAUCAACACUGGUAAUGCUUUCAAAGCCUUGGUAGACACUGCACAAAGAAUAGUUCAAAUGACAGGGGAACAUGACAAGGAGAGUGAACUGCCUAGAGAUAGAGGCAGAGCUGAGAAUAGCGUUAAAGAAGCAAAGGCUGAAGCUGUCAUAAAGAAGGUGUUCAAUAAUUGGAGAUGGAUAGAAAACGAUACAAAUGCUCCAUGUGGUAGAAUAUGGAUUGCUUGGGAUAAGACAAGGGUGGAUUUUGAGUGCUAUGAAGUGCAUCAGCAAUACAUAAUAGGGGGAUUACAGAGGUGCAAAGUGGUAAUAAAUUUAGGUUUGGUGCUAUUUAUGGUAUGCAUACUAUACAUGAUAGGAAACUGUUAUGGGAAGAUAUGGGAAAAACUAUAUAUAGCUGGUAUUACUGAUCCGUAUGUGUUAAUAGGGGACUACAAUACCAUCUUGACUAAUGAAGAUAGGGUACAAGGGACACCAGUACAGGAAUUUGAAGUGAAAGAUUUCAAAGAAUUCAUCUGGAGAAAUGGAUUAACUAAACUAAAAACGGUUGGAAGGAAGUAUACUUGGACUAAUAAUCAUGUCCACAGUAAAAUUGAUAGAAUACUUGUCAAUGCUGCAUGGAUCAAAAAAUGGCCUGUAAUGGAAGGGAGGAUAUUGCAACCUGGAUUUUCUGAUCACUGCCCAUUAAGUAUAACAAUGGACUAUGAGCGACAGAGUGGAGGGAGACCUUUUAAGUUCUUUAAUUGUAUGGCACAACAUAAAGAAUUUGAGGAUGCUGUGUAUGAAUGCUGGAGGAAAAGAGGUGGAGGAACAAUAAUGAACAAAGUAUGGAUGAAACUCAAGUUACUAAAGAACAAGCUGAAACAGAUGAAUAGACAAGAAUUUAGCAACACUGGUCAAAGAAUUCAAGCAGCAAGAAUAAAGUUGGAGGAGAUUCAGGAGCAAAUGGAUGGAUCUGGCAACACUAAGGUUGUGGAAGCUGAAAUUCUAAAAUUCUAUAAGCAGCUACUUGGAACAGCAGCAGUGCAAUUGCCAGCAGUAAGUUCAGAAGUGAUGAAGCAGGGGAACAACCUGAACAGGCAGCAACAAUUGAGUCUAAUAAGAGCAGUAACUAAAGAAGAAGUCAAGCAAGCACUUCAGGAUAUUGAUGAUAACAAAGCCCCAGUCUGUGAUGGAUACAAUACCUUUUUCUACAAGAAAGCAUGGCAUAUUAUAGGGAAGGAGGUGACUCAAGCUGUAUUGGAAUUCUUUGAGAACCCAGAAAUGUGUAAGCAAAUCAACUGUACAACUAUAACACUAAUUCCAAAAGUAAAAACCCCCAGUAAUAUUAAAGAGUUCCGACCUAUAUCAUGUUGCACUGUUCUAUAUAAGAUCAUAUCCAAAAUUUUAACAUCCAGAUUGCAGGAAGUUUUGACAGAGUUGAUAGAUAACUGCCAAAUAGCUUUUGUACCAGACAGAGAGAUCACUGAUAACAUUAUAAUGAGCCAUUGA